CAGAUGGAUGAAUAGCAGGUCUGUCCUGCCAGCUCUGUGCUCUCUCCCACCCAAAGAAAUCAGAAGAGACUCAGACGGCAAAGCCUGGCAUAGCCCAGUCUGUUAAGGCACUGUUAGCACUGGGACGUGUGAAAGCACCUGAGGGAAGCAAGAUGGAAUCUGAAAGAGAAAUCAUUGACCUUCAACCUGGGAAACCCAGCUCCAGCAGGAGGCAGCCCAUCAACCUGAACCAUUAUGCCACCAAGAAGAGCAUGGUAGGGAGCAUGCUGGAUGUGGCUCUCUUCCUGUCCAAUGCCAUGCGGCUGAAGACGGUGCUGGGGCACGGGCCGUCCUCUCAAUACUACGCUACGCUCAUCACCCUCAUCAGCAUCUCUCUGCUCCUGCAGGUGGUCAUUGGAAUCCUCCUUGUGAUCACUGCACGGCUGAACCUCAAUGAGGUAGAAAAGCAGUGGCGAAUAAACCAGCUCAACGAUGCUGCCACCGCCUUGGUCUUCCUCACUGUUGUCCUCAAUGUCUUCAUUACAGCCUUCGGGGCACAAGAGACAGGAUUCCUGGCUGUCAGGAGCUUAAGGAAUCCUCUCUGAACUCAGCUGGGACCCAGGUGCUGGACCUGGAGCUGCUUCCGCCGCUUUCCUCCCUGACCUGCCAGGCUGCCGGGCACUUCCCCCAGUUCCCGGGAGCUCCUGAA